AUGGCAUCUUACCUCACCGGCAGCGAGGCCUUCACUCGCGAGAAGCUCCCCACAGAAACCUCAGAUGCAGGCCCUCAAGCUGCCUGGGCAGACAAGUACCGCGGGGCAACCAUUGAAGACCUCGACCCCCCACCUGCGCUCUCCAUUUCCUCCCACGACCCAAUCGCCAAUGCCCUCAUGGCCGCCUACGAACGCGACUACACCCACCUGACAGUCAUCUCCUCAACCAAGCGCUCCCUGCUCGGCUACCUCAGUAUCCCCCGGUUAAAGGAGCUCCUCGCAUCCGGCGCGGUGAAGGACUCCGACCCCGUCUCCGAGGCCAUGCAGCGUUUCAACCGCAAGCGCGGCAUCUACCACGUGAUCACGAUGGAAACACCUCUGGAAGAGCUGGAACGUUUCUUUGAAAGCGAGACUGGGCCUAAUGGCGAUAAGCGCGAGAAGCAGCAGUUUGCUGUUGUUACGGAUGUGGCGCGCAAAUUUGUGCUUGGUGUUGCUACCAAGGCGGAUCUAGAGGAGUUUGUCAAGCGCAGACCUACCUAA